AGGAAAGUAGGAGUAGACCAGGUCACGGUGAGGGAGCUUACACUGCACUACGACACAUCAGCCUGCCGUCUGUGCAACAGGACAUUUUAAGGAACAUUUCUGGUGCAUCUUUCCUCCUCUUGGCUCUCCACCAUGAAGAUAUUGGCUCUGGGAUUUUGCAUACUGGCUCUGCUGGCACUAGCCAAGGCCACGACUACCGCCGUCGCCUCAACCACCACUGCUGCGUCUGCUACAGCUGUCAACCCAACCAUGUCUACAACUGUGGCCCCAGCCACGUCUACAACUGUGGCCCCAACCACGUCUACGACUGUUGCCCCGACCACGUCUACAACUGUGGCCCCAACCACGUCUACGACUGUUGCCCCAACCACGUCUACGACUGUUGCCCCGACCACGUCUACAACUGUGGCCCCAACCACUCCUACAAGUGUUGCUCCAACUGCCUCUACAACUGUCGCCCCGACCAAAUCUACAGCUGUUGCCCCAACCAGCACAAGUGAUAUGACCACCCCUCCGCCGAAGACUACAACCACUUCCCCAGCCACAACAACCACAUCUGCGAACACCACCAGCUCACAUAUUACUGCGACUCCUACGAUCAACCUGACCACCACCACAAGUACAACCACCUUGACAACAACAACCACCACACACAACGGAGGCUCAAGCUUUAAAGCUUCUCUGCUGUUUUCUGUCGUGCCAUUGAUGCUCUACACACUCUGCCACUGAGCUGAAAAACUGUGCUAAUGUUUCUGGAAAUAAAUGUAGGUGGAGUUGGACUAACUUUAAUCCAAAGAAAGGACUGAAGGAUGGAAUAAAAUCUGUGUACAGUACAGUAUGUACAACAUUUCCAGAUUGUUCUUAAAUUAUUGUAAUUAUGUAUAUGAAUGAACUUGAGGUAUUUGUUCAAUUUGCAGAUUAGUAUAAUCAUGUCAUGUAGAUCUGAACUCAGAGGACGUAUUACUUAAGUACUUAAGUCCUGCAUUAAAAAUGUCACUCACGUAAAAGUAUGUAAGUUGAAACAGGAAAAUGUAUUUAAGUAUGAAAAUGAAAGUACCAUAAAAUGUUUUUGCAUGAAAAAUGACAAAAUAGAUUUUAAUUGAUUUUCCAUUUAAGCGACUAAUAGUCAUAGCUGCAUUUGUGGUUUGUUUCAUAUGGUUUGUGCAGAAAAAAUAUAUGUAAAGUGGAGAGUUAUCAGAUAACUGUAGUGGUGUUAAGAGGACAAUAUUUUCUUCUGAAGUGUAGUAGAUUAGAAGUAGAAAAAGUAGAAAGUGACAUGAGAUCAAAAUAGUUGAAUAGUUAAAUAAAGGUAUCUCAAAUUUGUAAUUACUGUAAAUACAGACUUCCUCUACUGGCAUCAGGAAUAACUCGUUAAUAAGGAAGUGAUGUGACGAAU